AAAAAAAUUCUCAUAAGAAAAAGACGCGUUGCUUAUAAAAUUGUGAAAAAUAAUAAAAAAUCGGCUAUAAUUUCGAAAAUUAAUUAAAUAAUUCCAUUAUUUAUAUGUUACGCUAAAGCUUAACGAUGAAAAUCUCUAAAACGGAUAUAACAUUAGAUUUAGAUUGUUUAAUUGAAGAGUUAUCACCGGCUCAGUUGGGUGCUUAUGAAAGAGUUGCCAACGAGCAUAACGCCAUUAAAAAUGCUCUAAAAACUGCCCUCAACGCCAAUGAUGGCAAAGAACUAUUCAAUGGCCAAGUGUUCCAGGCCUACUCGUUUAAGGGCAAAGUGUUGCAAGAGUUAAAAGAGGCUACUUUGCCACCAAAGAAAACGCCCAAGGCUGAUGAUGCUCCCGCCAAGGGCGGUGGUUCUCGCGGUGGACGCAAACGUGCACCCAAUUUUGUGUAUCUGGAGUCAUCGGAUGAAGAGGAUGAUGACGUGCCAUUGGCUAAGAGAAUUGCUGUAGCUGCUGGUAAACAUAUUAAAACAGAUUCUGGUACUCCAGCCAAGGGUAAGAAGGGAGCGGCUGCCGCGGAUACUAAAGACACAACUCCAACGGGUAAAGGUGGUAAGGCUCAUAAGGACUCUAAGAAAGGCGUUAAAGGUGCGGUUGAAGCUCCGCCAGCACCCAAUUUCCGUCCUUCGGAGGAUUCUGCUGUGGGUGGCUUGAUUAUAGGCUCCGAUGGCAAGGACGGCAAAAAUGCCAAGGAGAAUAAGGAGACAAAACUACAGGGUAAAACCUUUCCCUCAUUGGUGGUUUUGGCUAAACCUUGGCUUAAAGUCAAAGAUAUGUCGGCUACUCGUAAUAAGCUGGAUUCCAAGGUCAAGUUGGUGCUGAUGCUGACACCCAACAAAUUUACCGAGUGGUUAAUACAGGAGGGCCUGCUAAAGGCUGAACAGAAAUGUGCAAAUCAUAAGACCACUGAUUUGAAAUUGGGCGUUUAUUCUGAUGCCUCUAAAUUCCCCUAUACCGGAGGCUAUGUUUGGAUUAGUGAAUGUUGCCCCACACGUUUUGUAUCCGUUUUUCAUGGUUCUAUUUUCGAAGGUGCACCCCAUCCACCCUCUUGCAUACUCAAGCUCAUUUACCAUUGGGCCUGUCAGACCAACAUACAAAACGUUGUACAAUGGGUCAAGGUAGAUAAUGUCUAUAUAAAGGGUGUUUACACAUGGCUAAGAGCCAUUUGCACCUUGGCCGUUCAUCAGAAAUGUAAAAAACUAGGUGGUCCCGAGAAAUACGUUGAAGUUGGUGUCAUUUCAUUCGGCACUACCUCACAGGAUGGCCAGCAGCGUCAAUUGAAAGUGGAGGUGUUGGGCGUUUUAGAUUAUGCUGAAAAAACUAUACGUCUAAGAGCCGUAGAACCUUUAUCCGAUUCUGAUCGUAAUUACAAGAAACGUUUCCAAGUUAUAUUGGAGCCCUUGAAACGUUGGGUAUCACAGGACAGUGUUAUAUGUAUUGAUUUGACUGUUGAUAAAAUGACUUUGUAUUCGAUGGGCUUUAAGAAUGUAGUGCAAGCAGCUGCUACUGACAGUACAGCAAAACAUACUAAUUCAGCCGUUAUGGACUAUUUGAGACGUAUUGUACCCAGAAUGUUCCAAAACACUUUGUCAUUGUUGUCGCGUCAAAUGAUCCAGCAAUUUUUGGAUGAACUGGUGUGGCGUGAACAAUUUGGCACUUAUGCUUUGCAGGCUUUUAAUAAUAUAACUGGUCAUAUAGCCGAGCAGACACGCAUUAAUUGCAAUGAAUCGUUGACACAAAGAUUGUAUCAUGUGGCCACUAAUCCCUUUAAGGACUGGAGUAUUUUGCCCGCCAAUGCCAAGGAAAUACCUGCAAAUACUACUCCUAAAAGAUUAAAAAAACCCAUUAAUGAGGCCGACUAUGUUAAUGCGGAUAAGGUCAAUGUGAAAAAUAUUAAAAAAGAAAAAAAUGAUGAAGAUGCUCCCAGCUCUUCGGCCACCAGUAAAAAGAGUAAGCAUAGAGCUGAUGAAGAUUCCAAGCACUCGAAAACCUCCAAAGCCACACCGGCUAAGGGGGCCAAAAAGGAACCCGUCUCUGCCAAAAAGGAGACCUCCUCCUCCUCUAAGAAAACCACGGACACUAAACCCGCUAAAAAGGAGAAAGAGAAAGAAAAGGAAAAAGAGGAUGAUGAACUUAAGGGCUUAGAGGAAAUGUACUAUGGCAUUAUGGAUGGCCACGAUGAAUACUAUGAAGAGUUUCCCUAUAAAAAGGAGAAAAAAGAGGGUGAGGAGGAAGCAGAGGAAGAUACUGCACUCUAUGCCACACAAAUUGAAUGUCCCAUUUGCGAUACCGCCACCACCUUUGAUUCCAAUGAAAAGUUGCAAACCCAUUUGGUGUCACAUCUCAAUAUCGAUGGCAAAGAUCACAGUUUACAGUGUUUGUUCUGUUUGGAGAAAAUGGAUACGGAAACUGUGUUGACCAAACACAAUAACAUCAUGCAUCCGGAGGAGACAAAAUCCUCUAAUUCGGCUUCUUAUCGCUGUUUGAUAUGUCAGCAACGUUUCAAUUCUUUGAACUUCUUGACAUCGCAUUUGCAAAAUAAACAUUCUAUGCUGGAAUUGCCGUAUUAUUGCCAGGCCUGUGGCUAUAGGACAUCGUCGCAUCGCGAUGCCGUACGUCAUUUCUAUGAUGAUCAUAAACAUCAGAAUUUCUUGCAGUGUCCCUAUUGUUUGGAUAUCUAUCGCUUCUGCUAUAAGGGCAUAAUUAAUCAAAGUAAUAUUGAAAACUACUACAUGCAUUUGAGGCAGCACAUGAGUAAAAAGGAAAUACAUCUAAAGUGCACUAAAUGUUCUCUAAGUUUUGUUGAUAAAGGUACUUUAAAACAACACAUUUCCAAUCAUCAUCCCACUUUGUUGAAACAUGCUUCAAAUGUACGCCAACUUUUAAGAAACUCUAUGUUGAUACAACAACCUAAGGUGCGCAGUCAUCAUAAGGAGCCUUUACCCUUUUCGGUGCAAUCAAAAUUGGGCGAUUUCUUUGCCUUCAUAGAUGGUUCUAUAUGUGCUGAGUGUAAUACGGAAAUUAUUAAUGAACAUCAUUAUAUCGGCAACUUAAAGUGCAAUAAGUGUAACUAUAAAACUGCCUGCGAACGGGCCAUGUUCCAACACACCAGCGAUUGUACGGGCACUACCGGCACCAAAGACGUCAUGGAAAUGCCCUUGCCCAACGAAAUGCAUUGCAUUUGUGGUUUCUCCACAGCCAACGGCAAUAAUAUGGCUCAUCAUCUAGCCAGCUGUGGACAAAAGUCAGCCUAUCCCACUUUACAGGUGGCUCAAGAGAACACCGUCAAACGCAAUAUGCUGGAUAUGUUGGGUUUAGUUAAACGCGACGGUGAGGCAGGCACAGAUGCCGAUGGUGGUAGCUCAGACCCAAAUAUGGACGUAGGAGGAGAUGCUGAAUCGUCUUCAACAGCCCUAGACGUGCCAGACACAGUAAAUACAGAGCCACAGCAGCAGGAAGAAAAUUUGCAGGAACAUCAUCAGGAAGCCAUGGAGGCACAGCAGUCAAUUGCACCCGAUCAAACACCCAUACCAUUUGGACAAAUGGAUGCCACCCCAGUGGAACAGCAGCAGCAUACUACCCAACACUAUGCUCAUAUUGUGGACAACACCAGUCACUUGCAGGUGCCGGGGCAAAAUCAAUAUCAUUUGGGCUUUGGCCAGGCCGAGGUGGCUCCACAUACCUUAAAUGCCGCCGAUAUAGAUAUGCCUCUCAUCGGAGAGUUGGCUGAUCCCAAUCCACCGCCAACACCCCAGUUUUUGGGUGAAGUCCAUACGCCCAUGUUCGAUGCAGUAGCCGCUGCUGAGCAGCAACAUUAUCAUCAAAUGAUGCAACAGCAACAACAACAGCAGCAGCAUCAUCUUCAGCAACAUCCCCAUAUUCAGCAUCAUCAACAGCAAUGAAAAUGACCCAAAACUGCCAGGGAAAGAUUACCCUCUAUUCCGCCCUGGCAAUACUACUGAAACAACUUUGCAUCAAUGGUAAGUUCGGUAAAAAUAAUUGCAAUUUUUUUUAAUUAUAAAGCUAAAGGUACUACGUUUACAUUAAUGAAAUAUUUGGCAAAAAAAAUCGUAACCACUCAAAAAUUUAUAUAUAUCUAUCCAUUAAACGAAUAUUAUUUUAAUAAACAAAUAAUUAUUAUAUUAUUUGGAGUUAUUUGUUCUUAUAAAAGUCAUGUAAUAUCAAAUAAGCAAGAAUUGAAAAUAGUGGUUACGUUUUUCCCCUCAAUUAUUUGAUCAAUGUGAACGUACCAUUACAAUAAUGUUUUAAAUAUCAGCCACUUUUUUUGUUGUUUUAUUAAAAUCUUAUAAGACAAUUUCUUAUACAUAUAAAUUAUAUAAUUAUAUAAACAGAAAAUAUUUGCACAUUUUCUUAAACCCUUAACCAGGAGAAUUAUAAUAAAACUAACACUAAAAGUACUAAAUGUUUUAAAAUUAAAAAUACAAUAACUUUUAAACAUUAAAAUACCAUUUAAAUUAAAAUCUGUAUUUGUUAAAAAAUAAAAGAAAAUACUUGAAAAUUUGAGACAGUAAAAGCUAACAUAUUAAGAAAUAUACAAGCACAAACAUUAAAAUAAAAGAAAUUUGUAAAAGUGGUAGUAAUAUAAAACCUAAAAAAGUUUUGUCCACUUGUCAAGUAAACUGAAAUAUUUAAUACUUUAAAUGAACGUUUACAAAAUAAAAACACAUACUACAAUAUAUUUCUUUAAACAAUAUUAAAAUUACUAUAAAAUUAUGAUUGAAUAUUAUAAAUAGUAUAUUUAGAAUAAAAAAUAGUUUUUAAACCAAUUAAUAA